CUCCGAUCCUUCUUCUUCUCUAUCUUCUCCUUUUCACAUUCUCCUUCCUCCUCCUCUCGUUUCUCCUCUCUCUCCGCCGCUAUGUCUCCUGCUCUCGAGAAAUCCCGACAAGGCAAUGGUGAAUGUAAUGAGGUUUCGAAAUCUAAGGUUACGGUCGUUGGUAGUGGCAAUUGGGGAAGUGUUGCUGCUAAGCUCAUUGCUUCUAAUGCCAUCAAGCUUCCUUCUUUCCAUGAUGAAGUGAGGAUGUGGGUGUUUGAGGAGGUUCUACCAAAUGGUGAGAAGCUUACUGAUGUAAUCAACAAGACCAAUGAAAAUGUCAAGUACCUUCCUGGGAUUAAGCUAGGAAGAAAUGUUGUUGCGGAUCCUGACCUUGAAAAUGCAGUGAAGGAAGCAAACAUGUUGGUUUUCGUUACACCGCAUCAGUUUAUGGAUGGUAUAUGCAAGAAAUUAGAUGGAAAGAUCACAGGAGAUGUUGAGGCUAUAUCUCUUGUUAAAGGAAUGGAAGUCAAGAAGGAAGGUCCUUGUAUGAUCUCAAGUCUCAUUUCCAAGCAACUUGGUAUCAAUUGUUGUGUUCUUAUGGGCGCAAACAUUGCAAACGAGAUAGCUGUGGAGAAGUUUAGUGAAGCAACAGUUGGAUAUAGAGGGAGUAGAGAAAUAGCAGACACAUGGGUUCAGUUGUUUAGUACUCCGUAUUUUAUGGUCACACCGGUCCAUGAUGUGGAAGGAGUAGAGUUGUGUGGGACCUUGAAGAAUGUAGUGGCUAUUGCAGCGGGUUUCGUGGACGGUUUGGAAAUGGGUAAUAACACAAAGGCUGCAAUCAUGAGGAUUGGUCUAAGAGAGAUGAAAGCGCUCUCAAAGCUUCUGUUUCCAUCUGUUAAAGACAGUACUUUCUUCGAGAGCUGCGGUGUAGCAGAUGUCAUUACAACUUGCUUAGGAGGAAGAAACCGAAGAGUUGCGGAAGCAUUUGCAAAAAGCGGAGGAAAAAGGUCUUUUGAUGAGCUUGAAGCAGAGAUGCUACAAGGGCAAAAGCUACAGGGGGUAUCGACAGCAAGAGAGGUCUACGAGGUGUUGAACCAUUGUGGAUGGUUGGAGAUGUUUCCGCUCUUUUCAACGGUUCACCAAAUCUGCACAGGUCGUCUUCAACCUGAAGCCAUCGUCCAAUACCGCGAGAACAAACUAUAAUUUUUAUUGAUGGUACAUUCAUCUUCAAAGAUUGAUGAAUUUGAUGUAGAGGUUAACGUUUUUGUGUGCGCCUGUUUGCUGGUGAGUGAAUCUUGUAGUUCUUGGACCGAGCUCAGUCGUUUAUGUUCAAUGUUGUUAGCACAAGUACCGGAUUCGUCUAUCAAGAAAUUGAUUGACUAUGU